AACAACUUUGAGGCUGCAAUGGACAGGAUUGUAUGGGAUAAUACCUGAGAGUAUUUUUCACCUGCCCAACCUGGAAACACUUGACUUAAGUUACAAUGAUCAGCUCAGUGGUUCUUUUCCAAAGACAAAAUGGAACAGUAGUGCAUCUCUCAUGAAGUUAGAUCUCUCUUUCGUAACAUUUUCUGGUAAUUUGCCUGAAUAUCUUUCUAAUUUCACCCGCAUAGAGGAUUUGAAUCUUAAAAGAAACUUCCUGAAUGGAUCAAUACCAUCUAGUAUGUUGUCUCUUCCAUCACUACGCAAAGUAGUCUUGAGUGGUAACUACUUUUCUGGUCAGCUUGAGGAUUUCAAGUCCAAUUCACUAGUCUGGAUUGAUUUAAGAAAUAAUCAGCUGCAAGGCCAGGUUCCCAAGUCAAUUCAAAACCUUGAGAACCUAACAACCCUUGAUCUCUCCUUCGAUAAUUUUAGUGGAAAUGUGGAUAUCAGCUUAUUUUCAAAUCUCAAACAUCUUUGGUAUCUUAGUCUUUCAUAUAAUAAUAUAUCAUUGAUCAAUGAGAAGGAAGUUGAAUUUACUUUGCCCGAAUCUCUUGAAAGGUUAGAAUUGGCAGCAUGUGAAGUGACAAAAAUUGAGUUUUUAAGAUCUGCAAAGCAGCUUGAGGAGUUGGAUCUUUCAAAUAAUAAGCUUCAAGGAAGAGUUCCAGAUUGGGCAUGGUCUAACCGGAUGUUCUCAUUGAAAAGUCUUAUUUUAUCCCACAACAUGCUAACAAGUAUUGAUUCAAUUCCUCUUCAGUCUGUAGAAAUCAUUGAUUUGAGGUCCAAUUUGCUUCAAGGUUCAUUACCUAAUCCGGGAAAUUCCACAAGGCUUUUCUUCAUAUCACAAAAUAAUCUCAUUGGAGAGAUCCCUUUGUCUAUUUGCAAUUUGAGAUUAUUAAAAGUUCUAGAUUUGGCGAGAAACAACUUGACGGGAGAAAUUCCGGAAUGUUUGGGUGAUAUCAUUCAUCUCGAGGUUUUGGAUAUGCACCGCAACAAUCUUUCUGGGUCUCUUCCAGCAACUUUCAUCACUGAAAGCUCACUUAGAAGCUUCAACUUGCAUGACAAUAAACUAAAGGGGAAAAUUCCCCAAUCUUUGGCUAAUUGCAAAGAGUUGCAAGUUGUUGAUUUAGGCGAUAAUCAACUCAACGACACAUUCCCCAUGUGGUCGGGAGCUCUGCCAAAGCUGCAGGUUUUAAUCUUGAGAUCAAACAAAUUGCACGGAUCCAUCAGAACUUCAAGGAUUGGAAACAUGUUUCCCAAGCUUAGAAUCAUAGAUCUAUCCUACAAUGCCUUCUCGGGAAUCUUACCGGUGAGUCUGUUUCAACAUUUGAAAGCCAUGAGGACAAUUGAUCAAACAAAAAAGUUACCAGCAUAUCUUGGAGACAGGUAUUACCAUGAUUCUAUUACAAUUGCAACCAAGGGACUGAAGCUUGAACUUGUCAGAAUUUUGACUAUUUACACCACCAUUGAUCUUUCAAGUAACAAAUUUGAAGGACAUAUUCCACACAUUAUGGGAGAUUUUAUUGCACUUCGGGUGCUAAAUUUAUCUCAUAAUGCGUUGGAAGGUCAUAUACCACCAUCACUUGGAAGUUUAUCUGUAGUUGAAUCAUUUGACCUUUCAUUUAACCAGCUUUCGGGAGAGAUACCACAACAACUUGCUUCUCUUACAUCUCUUGCAUUCUUAAAUUUGUCCUACAAUCAUCUUCGAGGAUGCAUCCCUCAAGGAGCUCAAUUCUCAACAUUUGAGAAAUAUUCAUAUGGAGGCAAUGAUGGAUUACGUGGAUUCCCAGUUUCGAAAGGUUGUGGCAAUGGUGUGUCAGAGACAAAUUAUACUGAAUCCGCAGUAGAUGAUGAAGAAAGCAAUUCUGAAUUUUGGAGUGAUUUUUGGAAAGCUGCUCUCAUGGGGUAUGGAAGUGGACUAUGUAUUGGUUUAUCCAUAACAUAUUUCAUGAUUUCAACUGGAAACCCUAAAUGGCUUGCAAGAAUCAUUGAAGCGCUGGAAUAUAUGAUUAUGGUGAGACAGAGAAAGAAGCAGGGAAGGAAAGGGAAUUACAGAAGAAGAAAUAAUCAUUUCUAGACUUCCCGGAGAGUCCUCACAUUGAUAUGCAUAAGAUUUUGGUCAUCAACUAAUCCCAAUGGAUGCUAUAUAUGGUCUUAAUUUAGUUUACACACAAGAGUCAGAUUUCUUUCUGAAAAUGAUGAUCUGAAGCUUAUCAUAUCUAAGCCAACACACCAGCAAUGGUACGACGGAAACCUUCAGAAGAAUAUAAUUGGUACCCGCACCUUUGAAAAGAGAUUUGUGCUUCCUCAGUUUGUUUUUAAAAAUUUGGAAGAAUGCGGCGAGUGAGCUCUCGUACUAUUGAAACUAAGAGCUUAAGCUAAGGGUAUUACUAUUUCAUUUUCUUCAAAGAUGAUUACAUAAAUGGAAUGAAAGGCUAUCUAUAGAUAGAACAAGAAUAUAUAUAAAUAAGGUAAAAUGUAUUGAUUUUUUCACUUUAA